AUGGAAUCUCACCUUCUCCCUAUCCAUAUCCGCCCUCAGCGGCUCCAACCGGGAAUCGGAUUCGGUUCGGGGUCAAACGUCGGCGGGACGCUCCGCUCCUUCUCCUCCGCCUCGUCGUCUCUUCGCCCCGGGGUGACGGUGCCCAUCCCUCCGCUGUUGCCCUCGCCACCGUCGCUGGCCGCCUGCUCGGGGCCUCCGCCGCCACCGCCACCGCUACAGCUCCAUAGCCUGUACGGGGGAGGCGGCGGAGUAGGAACCGGCCUGGGGCUCCCCGCCGCUGGCCACGCCAACCCAGGGAACCCGGCGGUGCUGAAGGAGGCGGUGGAGGCUGUGGUCCGUAGUUUUGCCAAACACACGCAAGGCUACGGUAGAGUGAACGUGGUGGAGGCCUUGCAAGAGUUCUGGCAGAUGAAGCUGAGCCGCGGAGCCGACCUGCGCAACGGUGCGUUGGUGGUCUACGAGAUGGUGGCGGCUAGCAGCCCCCCGUACGUCUGCUACGUGAGCCUCCCUGGGGGGAGCUGCUUCGGAAGUUUCCAAUUCUGUCCCACCAAGGCCGAGGCUCGACGCAGCGCCGCCAAGAUCGCCCUCAUGAACUCAGUUUUUAACGAACACCCGUCCCGUCGGAUCACUGACGACUUUAUCGAGAAGAGCGUGAGCGAGGCUUUGGCUUCUUUUAAUGGAAACAGGGAAGAGGCUGACAAUCCCAACACGGGAAUCGGAGCAUUCCGUUUCAUGCUGGAAUCCAACAAAGGAAAAUCAAUGCUUGAAUUUCAGGAGCUAAUGACAGUUUUCCAGCUCCUCCACUGGAACGGAAGCCUGAAAGCCAUGAGGGAACGCCAGUGUUCACGUCAGGAAGUGCUAGCCCACUACUCUCACCGGGCGUUGGACGACGACAUGCGAACGCAAAUGGCGGCCGACUGGGUGAACCGUGAGCAGAGCGUGGCCAGCACCGUCUCUCAGGAGCUGGCGGCCACUGAGCGCGAGCUGGAGGAGGCGCGGCUUGCCGGACGCGAGCUACGCUUCUACAAGGAAAAGAAGGACAUCCUCAUGUUAGCCGUGGGCCAGCUGAGCGCCGCCAACGCCGCCACUCUGCCCUCGCACUAA